UUUAUAAUAAUUGUGUAUACAUAUUUUAUUUAUUUAAUGAUGUGAUCAAACAAAUGUUCUAGAUUAUUCUCGCAACUUAUGUAUUUGAAAAAUAGAAAGAAUAUAAUAUGUACCUAAUAACAUUACAUUAAGUACUUUCUUAGCUAAGAAUCUAUCGCCGACAAUUAUAAUAUCCUUGUAUGUAAAGAUGUAGUCGUAUAUUAAUUGGUUAUAUCUAUAUAACCCAUUACUAGUCAUCUUAUUUUAGUAAAUAAAGCCAGUUCUAAAAAAGUAAAAUGUAUCUACUCUCUACAUUGAUCUUAUUUUCCUAUUAAUAAUAAUGUUAGUCGAAUUCCAACUAGUCGUAUAGAUAUAAGAUGCUACAAAUAAUAUAUCUAAGUUACACAUAAAGCAGUAUAGAAUUUACAAUGGAGAAUCAACAAGUUUUUAUGGAAAAUGAAACACCACCAGCAACAGCUGACAUUUGUACAGAAACAGGAGUCCUGGAUCAACCUGUAAACCAACUCGAUGAUAACAUUACAAUCAAGCAUGAGUAUAUUGACAUACAACCAAAUACUACUGAAAACAGUAAUGAAGAAGGUAACAUUGACAUACCUUCUGAACAAUUGUUUGAUGAACAACACUUAGAUACAAAUGCAAUUAUUAACAAAUAUGAUCCUGAUGUAACUGAGGAAUCAGUAGAAAUGUAUAAUGAAGAAGACAAAAAUGACUAUUAUGAAUACUUAUAUGAGAAUUGUGAAAUAAAAGAGGAGUUGGUUUUGGGACCAACAGGUGUGCAAGAAGUUACUACUAUGACCCAUACUGAGAAACCAUCAGAUGAACAAGUUGACAGUUCCAAGAGUCAAAUGAUGACAAAAACAUCUACAAAGAAAAGAUCUAAAAAGAGUAUUAAAAAACCAUAUAGCUGCAAAAUCUGUAAAAAGAGAUUUAGUUCUAAUGUCAGGAUGUUACACCACAUGCGUUGUCAUAAUAAUAAAAAAGAACAUAAAUGUGAAAUAUGUGAAAAAAUUUUCAAUACUGAAGAACAUUUGCACAAACAUCUUAUUACUCACAUUGGUAAAAGGUUGUACAAUUGUAAAAUGUGUAAAAAACGUUUCACAACUCAAAUAUCUUUAAAAAACCACAUGUCUGAAAAUAUAAACUUGCAAAAUCAUAUGUAUACACGCACACACACUGGGAUGAAUAAAGAUCUUUGGAAACCAUCCUAUAGAUGUGAGGUUUGUUCGAAAUGUGUAAGUACGAAAUCAAAUUUGAAAACGCAUGUGCGUAUUCAUGCUCACGAGAAGCAAUUUAUUUGUAACAGGUGUAAUAAAAGUUUUAAUUCAAAAUCAGGUUUAGAGGGUCACAUGCCCAAACAUACCGAUUCUAAACCAUAUUGUUGUGAUGUGUGCUAUAAAGGUUAUUCUACCAAAUCUAGCUUGAACCAACACAAGAUUGUUCACACUGAUAUAAAACCACAUAAGUGUGAGGUAUGUGGUAAAUUUUUUCGGACAACAUCACAACUUAAGGUUCAUAUGCGUAUUCAUAAUGAGGAAAGGGCUUUUACCUGUGACAUUUGUGGAAAAUGUUUUGUUCAAAAAUCAGGUUUGGUUUCUCACAUGGUAAGUCACAGUGAUAAAAAACCAUAUGAAUGUGAUCUAUGUAAAAAGAAAUUUAGCAAAAGAGGCACUUUGGUUCAACAUAUGAUCGUUCAUAAUAAUAAAAAACAAUAUAGUUGUGAAGUAUGUCAGAAACCCUUCUCCAAAAAAUCAAGUGUGAAAGCACACACAGCGAGGGCACAUAUCGGUGAGAAGCUGCACAAGUGUCAAGUUUGUGGAAAAUGUUUUGGUUGCAAUUCGAAUUUAAAGCAACAUAUGAGCAUACAUACUCGUAUAAAACCACACAAAUGUGAAAUAUGUAAAAAGGACUUUAGCAGAAAAGCUCAUUUAGUCAUUCACAUUCGUACUCACACUGGUGAAAAACCAUAUGUGUGUGAAACAUGUAAGGAAGGUUUUAUUUCACAGUACACCUUGAAACUUCACAACCUUACUCAUAAUGAAAGUCAAUAUAUUUGCGAUAUAUGUAAUCAAAGUUUUACUUAUAAAUCCGGUAUACGUACUCACAUGCGCAAUCACGCUGAGGAAAGACCAUUUAGCUGUAAUAUGUGUAAAAAACGUUAUAAAAGACAAUCUCAUUUGACUGUCCACAUUCGUAUUCAUACUGGUGCUAAACCAUACGCAUGUAAAGUGUGUAAAAAGAAGUUUAGAAGCGAAGCAAAUGUGGCUUCCCAUAUGCUUGUUCAUACUGAUCAAAAACCAUUUAGUUGUGACAUAUGUAAACAGUGUUUUAAAAUUAACUCGGCUUUAAGAAAUCACAACCGUACUUGCACCACAAACAAAAAGUGAAACGCUUGCUUGCUCUUCCAAUUGCAUACAUGUAUAUAAAUUUAUAGCAUUUAGUGGGAGUAGUUCGCUGAUCAUCAGUUGUAUGCUUCGAAGGUAAUACGCAAUACAUAAAAUAGUAUUCUAAGUUAAUACCUAAUAUCUAGUCAUAUUUAAUUUGUAUUACUAUAAACAUAUUAAUAUAAAUAAUAGCUUCUU